UUUUGUUUCUUUUUUGUCUUUGACAAUGUCACUGAACAAACAUCCAAUUCCUGCAUGCCAUUGGUAUAUUGAAGUACGAGACUGUCCCGACUCGGAAUGGUUCAUUGCUAUCAACUACCUGUCGGCCGUCGUGGCGAUUACACUUUUCAUUAUGGGGAACGGGAUUCUCUUUUACCGAUGUGGAAUCAAGAAGCAUAGAAUAUGGAAUGAAGGAUUCACGACCUUGGAUUCAUAUAUCUUUGUUAUGAGUAAUUGGUUCGGUAUUGCACGAUUUGUUCAUUGCCUGUUACUGGCCGGCAAUCUCUAUCCAAGCAACACGAUGACGUUGAAUCACUUUAUUCAUGAUUUUGCAUGGUUGGGUGGUAUGCUCUCGGCAUGGACGUAUAUUUUCUCAGUUGUGAAAACAACACCAAGGCACGCCCCAAACGUCUGGCUCCCAUCGGACGGAGCCCUCCGAAAGAUCCGGUUAACAACAUAUGGCAUCCACAGUAGCUCGCUCAUCCCAUUCGCGUUCCUAUGUGGCCAAGCGUAUGAAAAGGGCGAAUGGGACAAGUUUGACAAUUAUUCGCACGGGUUGUGGGGUGUCACGAGUUUUUGGUGCGUCAUGCUUGGGAUUUCGUAUGGGUUUUUUGGGAGGCAGAUUAUCAGGAUUGCGGGGGCCUCUGCGCGGGAUAUUGAGAGGGCACUUGGGACGAGGACCACAGCGAGUGGGACGGAAGCCAGUCGGAGUCGAAUGAAAAAAGCGAUAAAAAAGAUGAAGGUGAUUAAUGUGACGUGGGUGAUGAUUUUUGUGUGGUUUGGGAUUAUUCUCUCGUUGUUUGCGGUACUUGAGGAUGCGAUGAUUUCGAUUCGAUGGUUGGCAAUCAUUCAUUGUUUUGGAACCUCUGUCAGCGUCCCAUCUCUCGUUGUCUGCAACUUUAUCAGCAUCAUUUGGGGUGAGAUGCACCCGCCCGAAGUGAUGGACCCCGGAUUCAGCUUGAGCAAGACGGCUUCCAUGCCUGACACUCGGAGUGGAACAGCGACAAUAGGGACGCUGGGUAAACAUGCAUUGGCAAACAUGAUGGGAACGCUGAGCAACAGUGGGACGGGGACGAUGGGCAAAAGUGGGAAGGGAGAGAGAUUGGGGGUACUCCAAUCCGCACUCUUGCGUAGUCAGUCAGGGACGGCAUUCGGUCCCCCUGCAAAAGAAAAGGAAGGCGGAUCCUGAUUUUGGAAAAAAAGUUGAUGCAUCAUACCCAAACACUUGAAUACCCCCCAUAGCAUUCGAUAUUUUUUUAAUCUUUUUAAUACAUGCAUCUGGUUUUUUCAA